AUGAGAGGACACUUACUUGGAAUACUUGUACUUCUGAAACACUGCAUCUGCAAUGAUGUGCAUGAUUUUAAUGAAGAUAUCAAUGACUUUAUAAUCGGUAACGGUAAGUUGUUUGUUCUUACCGGCCAUCAACUGCAACAGAUGAGACACAAUCUUCUUUUAGAGGAAAGCAAGGAAGCCCCUAAUACUAAUCCAAACAGAGUCAACAUUCUGGUGCCUUUUGACAACAACAACACCCUGAUAACAUGCGGGACUUUUAAUAAUGGAUACUGUGAAAUUCUUGAUAUAAAUGAUAUCACAAAGAGUAUUUACUACGAAAGUGGCAAAUCAAUAGGACUGCAAGAGAAUGAGAAAUCUGUUGCAUUCAUAGUGGAUACAAGCAGCAGUAAAUACCUUUUGGUUGGGAAAAACAACAACAUUGCAAGACCUCAAGAUUUCCCGUAUCCUGUUGCUACAUUGUGGAACACUUUACAGACUCAGGCAGGUGGGAUUUUCUCUAAUAUUGAAAAAGGAUUGACACCCUCCAUUCAGACCACCGCAAGAGAAGUGGAGUUUGUUGAUGGAUUUCAGAGAGAUUCGUCCUCACAUUUGUACUUAUUUGUCAACACAAAGACUGACUCUGAGAGGAAAGUUCAUGUCCUGUGGAUGGACAGCUCUAAAAGAACAAAGAGUGAAAUCUUCAAAUCUCUUCAGUCUGCAGUGAUAAAGUGCUGCGGUGAUAAAGCUCAUCCAGUGCUGGUCUCCUCUGCUCUUAUUCCCUCAGAGAACGCUGUUAUUUGGGCAGGAGUGUUCAGUGCACAGGAUCAGCAGGGCCCGGAGAACACCGCGCUGGCUCUCUACGACAUCAGCCACAUUCAAGGCAGAGUCAAAGAGUUCUGUGCUCAGGGAGAACAAACAUGUGGUUCUGAGAGUGGUAGUGAACUUCAGCCGUUCUCUGUGGUCUUCAAGUCCAGCUCAAUGUCAUCAGUAGCAGCAGUUAGAAAUGGAUCCUGGAUUUUGUUGUUCAUGGGAACCAGUGAUGGUCAACUGAUAAAGCUUAUGUUGGAUGAGAAUUACAGACCAGGCUGUCCAAUAGUGUUGUACAAAUCUGACUAUGAACGAGCAGUGUUUCCCAGAAUGCAGUUUGAUCCAGUAGAUUUCAAACACAUCUACAUCGCUCUGAGGAAACAGAUAAGAAGAGUGCCUGUGGUUAACUGUGCUAAAUAUAGAAUUCUGAAAGACUGCAGAUCUGCUCUUGAUCCUCUCUGCGGCUGGUGUGCGAAAACACUGAGAUGCUCCACCCUAGAUGAAUGCUCAAAUGCUUUAUGGAUGUCCAGCCCAAAGGACUCUUUCAAGGAAUUACUAGUUUCUUUUCAGCUUUUUGAAGAGAAAUCUUCCAGAAAGUUUACUCUCCAUCUUGCAUUGAGUCUGGAGAGCACAGGAAAUCCUGCCUUCUCAUGUGUGUUCAGCUGUGGAGGUGUGAACCUGUGUGAUGGGUCUGAUCUGACUGCAGUUUUCCCAAAAUGCUCUUGUACUUUUUCUGUACAGCUACCAGGAUUAAACGUCUCAGCAUUAGUAAAUAUUGAGAAUCAGAAAAUCACAGAGAUGCUGACAUUGGCAAACUGUGUGAAUAUCACAGAUAAUUCAACCAGUCCUCCUUAUACACAGUGUGUGCAGUGUAUCUCAUCUGGGUGUCACUGGUCCUCUACAACCCAGACAUGUGAUUGGUCAGAUGGACUUGGACCACAAUUACAUAUCUGGGAUGCAUGUAAGGAUCUACUCUCCAAGUAUGAAGAGCCAGAGAUUCUUUCUUUAGAGCACCACAAAGUUUCUUUUCAUGGCAGAAACAAUGUUUUACUAAGAGGAAGAAACCUUGACUCUGUCACCAAAAUCCGUAUUCAGGGGGAUCUGGACUGUAUUGCUAAAGAAUCUCCAGUUUUUGAUCGCUCCAGUGACACUUUAUUGUUGAACAUUCCUCCCAGUGAAACUAAAGGAACAGCGAAAAUGUGUGUUGUUACUCCUGAUGACCGUUGUCAUGGUAACAGCAUCAUCACUUACAGUUCCCUGCCAAGCUGCACAGAAAUACAGCCAAAUUACACCUGGUACAGUGGUGGAAGAAAAAUACAUGUUCGUGGAAGUAAUAUGGAACUUGUGGAAUCAGUUAUUUUUGAAGACCCUGGGGAUCAACUUCAAGCACAAUACGACCCAAACACAGGGAGUCUAACAUUCACCGGAUUCACCACAUUUCAGGUGGCCAAUGAUCUACAAGUGAACAUUAAGAAAAAGGCAGAUGAGUUGAAUUUGAAUAUGAGUGAGGUAAAUGUGAAAGUUCUCCAUGGUGAUCUCAAGUAUCAGUGUGUUGUAGAGAGAAUUGAGUCUCGUUCUGUUAUCUGUACGGUUAAAGGAGAAUCAGGAACAGUCCCAGGAGUGGAUUCACUCGAGACUCUCACCACCUACACAGUGGAGCUGUUGUCCAGACAGCAGGUGGCGCUUAAUACUCAUUUAUUAUGA